UGUGCAUACAUUUAUUUAAUUAUAUAAAUUUGAUAUAAUGACUGCAUAUAUCAACAGUACGUUCAGAAAAACGCACAAGAAUUCUCUAUUGGAAUAAACAAAAGUCACAUGCAGGGGGCGCUACAGCGUAUCAAUUUUGCCAACAUAAUAAACGCAAAAUAAUGACAAAAGAAAACACAAAAAUGAGAGCGAAAAAUUUCACGUUGUUUUGAGUGACGACUUUUUGAUUAAUAAUUUUUAAACAUGUUUAAUGAAUUUAAAUAUUGAAAAAAUAUCAAAAUUUUGUUUUUAUUAAAGUUUACAAGCAUAGUAAGGUAAAUAAAUAAGAAAAAAGUUCGUACUGCUGUGUGCGCGGGUCGUUCCAAGCCUUUAACGCAUCGUCUUUUUAGCGAUGUAAAUUAUUUUGUGUAGACAAACAAAGAAAAUUAGCUUCCACAUUUGUUAAAAUAUUGUUGAAAACUUAUAUUAACUGUCAAAAUUUAUCAGAUUUGUUGUUGCUUAUGAUAAAAUUUUCUUGCAAGCUAAUUGUCUCUACUUAACCUCAAUACGCAACGUAAUGAUUGAAAUGGGAAGGACCCGAAUUGGGCCAAAUUUGCAGACUUGAAAAAAAUACGAAAUACCAUAUCCGAAAUCCGAAAUCCGAUAUCCAAAAACCAAAUAAUCAAAUAAUCAAAAUUGAAUGUUGCAAAAAUAUGUUAAUUAUGUUUUACCUUUUGUAAAUUUUACAAAAGAAGUGAUGGUGAAGAAGAAGAGGCAGCCAGAUGCGCACGACGAUGGCUCAUCAACCGAUAGCACCGAUGAGAGAGGUUUACAAACUUCACCAACAGCAGGCAGCUGCCAGCAUGUAAAAAAGUCGGUUGAUGCGCCAAAAUUAAAGAAAUUGUUGAAAACCAGUGGCUUGGCUAGUGAUUGCGGGCAAUGCAAAAAAGCUGGAGCCACUUCUCCCGCCACUGAGGCAAGUGAGUCACUAAACGAUAACAGUUGCUUUGAAUAUGACAAUACGUUGUGGCUUUGUCUCAAAUGCGGAACGCAAUUAUGCGGCAGGUCGAAGAAUCAGCAUGCAUUGCAGCAUUUCAAGACACCUCAUUCGGAUUCACAUUCACUUACAAUGAACACCCGCACAUUCGAAAUCUGGUGCUAUGAGUGUGACAACGAAGUAAGUGCCAAUUCCAGGAAAAAUUUGUUGGACUGUGUAGAUUUCGUCAAAAAAUUGGCAGCGAAACCACAGCCUUCAGAUUUGACUGCGUUAACUACAACUCUUGAAAAGACAAUUGUAGCUACCUGGGAGACACUCCAACCAACAGUCAACAGUAUAAAUAAUACUGCUAUAGCGCUGCCUCCACCACCACCGCCAGCACCACCUGCACCAGGCAUGGCAAAACGUGUAACAAAGACCGCCAAAGGCCCCUUAGAAUUAAAUAACGAUGUAAACAAUAAAUCCGAAGUUUACGGAUAUGAACAAUUACCCAGAGUGCGUGGUUUAACGAAUUUAGGAAAUACAUGUUUUUUUAAUGCUGUUAUGCAGUGUCUUGCGCAAACUCCAUACUUAUUAGAAGUGCUGAAGGAAUUAUCAGAACCAGGCGAAGAGUUUACACUUCCUGGUGGAGUAUUUAAAUAUAAAGAUCAAAGCGAUAUGAAAUUGCCACCUAUUAAGGGUACGUUAUCAGUUUGGGGUGGGCUAACAUCUGCGUUGGCUAAUGCUUUAGAAGAACUGCAAUCUGGAGGUGGUGUUUUUACGCCUGUCAAGCUUUUUGACAAACUCUGUACCAAAUGCCCGCAAUUUCGUGGUGGUGAUCAACAUGAUUCACACGAACUCCUACGACAGUUACUUGAGAGUGUGAGAUCGGAAGAUUUAAAAAGGUACCAACGUGUAAUACUCCAAAAUUUAGGUUAUAAAGAUAAAGACAUUAAUAGUGUUUCUGAAGAGAUGCGACAGAAAUGCAAAAUAUAUGGUAAUCAAGCAGCUGAUCGCAUUUUGCGACCUGAUCAAGUGUUCCGUGGUUUUCUUGUAUCUACACUUACUUGUCAGGAUUGUUAUAAUGUGUCAUCAAGGCAUGAAUAUUUUCUAGAUGUGUCAUUACCAGUAAGCGUAGAAAAACCUCAACCACCACAAAGACGAAAAUCCAGUCCUGACAAUGAAAGUGGUACUAGUUCGUGUGCAAAAUCAACAUCUGCUCGCGGUACAAAGUCUACGUUACAUAUAAAGAAUAAAUUUUUAUUGGAAGAUGGUCCUGUUCAUAAUACUAGAAGCAGCGGUGGAGCAGAUGGUGCUACAGGAAACGAUGCUAUGGACGAUUCUUCUAACUCAUCUUCGGCAGAACAAUCGGAUGCAGAUGUUGAAGAUAAUCUAGUUGAUGAAAAUAUAACAGAAAAGACUGUGCGUCAACCAUCUACUUCACUUUGCGAUACGAAUGGAAAUAAUCAAUUACAAAGUCCAAAUAAGCCAGAAAAAAGAGGAGAUUCACCAGAAAAUGCAGAUAAAGAUUCACUUGAAGAAGACGAAAAUGAUUCCGGUAUAGCCACGAGUCCAGCAAACAAUGGUAGCAAUUUCCCGAGUGCUUCGGAAAGCAAUUCCGCAGUUAAUGCCAGUUUAGUGAACGUUGGUAUCAGCGUUAAAGCUCAAAUGGAAAAUCUUGAAUUGAAGGAACAACAGAAUGCGACGCGUAAAAAAGUGAAACGUGUAAGAACCCUAAGUCAUUCGGAUUGGAGUACUACUAUAGCGCCACGUUAUCAAUGCGAGGAUGGUGAAUGUUCUGUGCAAUCAUGUCUGAAUAAUUUUACAGCAAUUGAAUUGAUGACGGGCAACAAUAUGGUAGGUUGUGAGAAUUGUACCAAACGCAUUAACGGUGAUAAUCCAAAGGCGAAGACAGUCAAUACUAAUGCAACGAAGCAGUUCCUCAUAUCCAGCCCGCCGGCUGUAUUAAUUUUACAUCUAAAACGUUUUCAGUUAGGACCACGUUGCAUAUUCCGCAAACUUACACGAGCUGUAAACUUUCCAAUGAUAUUGGAUGUAGCACCGUUUUGUGGUUCAAAAGUAAAAAAUUUACCCAAUAUUAAUAGAAAACAAAAAAAGCUACUUUAUGCUUUGUAUGGUAUUGUAGAGCAUUCAGGUGGCAUGUACGGUGGUCACUAUACAGCUUAUGUAAAAGUACGUCCAAAACCGGCGGUCGAUGACGCGAGGUGGAAAUUUCUACCGCAUGGUAGUCGAGCCGAACUUGAUCAAGACGAUGAUGUACGUAAAAAAUUGGACGAAAUAUUAGCUAGAGAAAAAGCCAGAGAACUACGAAUGAAGUAUUCCAAUGAUAGCGACGAUUUUUCUGAUAGUUCAACAUCGUCUUCGGAUAGGGAAAAUGUCCCUGAAUCACCAGAUCUUGAGGGUGCUGUCGGUGGUUACGAGGAAGCGUUCAACGUUCAAGUACCUUUGGGUAAAUGGUAUUAUGUUUCCGAUUCACGUGUGCAAGAAGUACAGGAGGAUGACGUUUUAAGAGCGCAAGCUUAUUUACUCUUCUAUGAACGUAUCUACUGAAAUAUAUGUACUACCAAGAAAAUAUGUACUAGUUUUUACAUUAUAAAUCGAAUCUAAUACUACGGGUUCGCGCGACUUACGUCUUAAAUAUUUAAUAUAUAUUAUUUUUUGUUUUUUUUAAUGUUAUUUUUGUUUUGUAAAAUUUCGUUUUUUCUCUUUAAGUUCAAACAUAUUUAGUAGAAACUACAUUGCGAAAAUAAAAUGAUAUUUGAAUUAAAUUUGUUUAAUGAAAUGAAAUAUUUAAGAAAUAGCUUUAAAGGAAAAGGAAAUUGAUUUAAACAAUGUAUACAAACUGUGCUAUAAGAACAUAUAUAAGUGAUACAAUGAAAUGCACUUAAACUAUUAAUUAUUUAUUUGUACAACAAUAUAAAUUCUCCGAUCGAGUCGAGUUUAUUCGUUUAAUCAACCAACGAAGAUUUGUUAAAAUUAAAUUUAAGGCAGCUACGACUUUUAUGAACGAAAAAAACAAAAAAAACUCA